UGGUUCUUUUAUAGCACACUUUAUUCGAAAACGUGGGCACAAGGUCACUUUACUCUUAAGAGACCCACAACCUUAGGAAAAUUCGAUAAACUUAAUCGUUCAAUUGAAGUAACAAAGGAAUUUGAACCAAAUGUUGAGAUACCAAAAGAGUAUCAAUCAGAAUGUAUACAUGGGUAUAAUUAUGGAAAUGUGAUUGAUCCUCAAUAUCCGAAUGAAUCAUGCAUGCCUACCACAUCUACGUAUCAGGAGACUUAUCGUCACGAUUAA